AGUAACGUCAUGUAUCACGUGACCUCCACCAUUUUAAUUUUCAUAUUCACACACUUGUCUGAAGUGUCUGACAGUUCUUUGUUAGUGUUAUCAUGGUUUCUUCGGAUAGUGACAUGGAGCCUGAACAGUAUUGUAAGCUUUUUAUUGGAGGUCUUGAUUACAGAACAACAGAAGAAUCUCUCAAGGCACAUUUUGAGCAAUGGGGAGAAAUUGUGGAUUGUGUAGUGAUGAGGGAUCCAAAUACAAAGAAAUCUCGGGGUUUUGGUUUUAUUACUUACAAAAAAGCACAUAUGGUUGAUGAUGCACAGGCUGCUCGACCUCAUAAAGUUGAUGGUAGAGAAGUUGAACCAAAACGAGCAGUUCCACGGGAGGACUGUGGAAAACCAGAGGCACAGGCAACAGUGAAAAGAAUAUUUAUUGGAGGACUAAAGGAUGAUGUUGAAGAAGAAGAUCUUAGAGACCAUUUUGGACAGUAUGGAAAUAUUGUCAAUGUCAAUAUUGUUACAGAAAAGUCAACUGGGAAAAAACGUGGUUUUGCUUUUGUUGAGUUCGAUGACUAUGACUGUGUGGAUAAGAUUGUGUUGAAAAAACAUCAUAUUCUGAAAGGAAGAAAGACUGAAGUAAAGAAAGCUCUGUCCAAACAAGAAUUAGAGACUGCUAGAAUGAGAGGUUCGAGUAGUCGUGGGUCAAGUGGUGGAGGAAGAAAUUCUUCAUAUGGGGGAGGAAGAGUUGGAGGACGAGGAGACUAUGGGGGGUCUUCUUAUGCAAGUGGACAAACCAUGAGAGAUGAUGCAUAUGGUGGACAAGCAUUUGGAGGAGGAUAUGGUAGUCAGGGAAUGGGGAGCUAUGGUGGUGGUGGUUUUGGACAAGAUCCCACCAGUGUUUGGAGUGGUGGAUUUGGAGCUGGAUACAGUGGCAAUUAUGGAGGAGGGGCAAUGAGGAGUGAAAGUAACUUUACACAACGAGGAACAGGACCUUAUGGAGGUGGUUAUGGAUCUGGUGGUUUUAGAAGAUUUUGAGUUCAGAAAACGGCACUGUACAUAAAGGGGAUGUAUUAAGCAGCUACCAGAAUGUAACCAGGGCAGGCAGGGUUCAGAGAAAGCUGUAGGUACCUUAUGUUUGAGGCAGGAAGACUGCAGGUCAACUUGACAGGAAGGCAUCAGCUAGGUCAACUAAUCCUACAGUCAGCUUAAUAGAAGAAUUUCAGUUGUCAGAUUGCCCCCCCUCAUAGAUUCUAGUCUGCUAGCUUACCUAUCCCCCUAAAUGUCUAUUUUAAUUUGUUUGCACAAAUGUUAUCAGUGGAGUGUAGGUUAGCCAGUGCUUUUUUAUGUGUUGUCCAUUUUUAACUUCUUAUAUUCUCGCCACAUCAUACCUAUCUUUCCACAAGAGGUCAUGAAAGUUUCUGGACUCUUCCUGUAUUUGAGUGAAUCAUGAGUAUUUUAUAUAUUAUAUUGUUAAUUCCAAAUUUUGUCAGCGGCCAGAUGCCAGCAUUUGUAGUACAUUCCGCUUUUGUGAUAACCAGUUCACUCCGUGUUAUAGUAAUAAAGUAGUUUAGUCAUACCAAAAGACUUGAUA